GUGGCGGCGGCGGCGGCGGGGUGGUGAUUUUUGUUAAGGAUGUUGGAGCAGCUGUUGAUAUUCACGAGGGGAGGGCUGAUCCUCUGGACGUGCAAGGAGAUCGGGAAUGCCCUCAAGGGAUCGCCCAUCGACACCCUCAUCAGGUCCUGCCUGCUGGAGGAACGCUCAGGCGCGGCGUCGUUCAAUUACGACGCGCCCGGCGCGGCCUACACGCUCAAGUGGACCUUCCACAACGACCUCGGGCUCGUGUUCGUGGCCGUUUAUCAGCGGAUCCUCCAUUUGCUGUACGUGGACGAUCUGCUCGCCAUGGUGAGGCGCGAGUUUGCGGAGAUGUACGAUCCGAAGAGGACCGUGUACCGUGAAUUCGAUGGGACGUUUAAGCAGCUGAAGAUGGAGGCCGAGGCUCGAGCCGAGGAAUUGAAGAAAUCGAAGCCGGUGGGUAAGCCUGCGAGUAAUGGCAAAAGGCAAGGGUAUGGGCAAAAGGGUGGAUAUGACGGAGGAAACAAGAACAGGAGCGAAGGUGGCUUGGCGAACGAUGGGGGGGACGGCGAUGGCGAAGGGCGUAAAAUGGAGAAUGGAUAUGCCAACGGCAAUCAUGUCGGAGUUAAAGAUUCCAAAAUGAAUGCUGUUGUCAAGGGAAAAGAGAACACGAGCUCCAACAAUGGAGCUUUCGAUGUAAAUAAACUUCAGAAGCUUAGGUCUAAAGGUGGAAAGAAAACUGACACUGUUGAUAACAAGGUUCCCAAGGUGGAGACCAAGAAAAAGAUAACAAAGAAAAAUAGAGUUUGGGACGAUAAACCUCCCCCGACGAAGUUGGACUUCACACAAACUGUGGAUGGGAAUGGGAAUGGGAAUGGGAAUGGGAAUGACAAUGUACAUGAUGUGGCAGAGGUGCAUGGUGAAAGCAUGAUGGACAUUGAGGAGGUUGUGAGCAGUGAAAGUGAAUCUGAAGAUGAUGAGGAGGUGGAAAAGGAGAGCAAGCUUGAUGCCAAGAAGAAAGGAUGGUUUUCAUCCAUGUUUCAGAGUAUUGCAGGAAAGGCUAAUCUGGAUAAGGCUGAUCUGGAACCAGCUCUGAAAGCUCUCAAAGACAGGCUCAUGACCAAGAAUGUGGCCGAGGAGAUUGCGGAGAAGUUAUGUGAGUCUGUGUCGGCCAGUCUUGAAGGGAAAAAACUGGCCUCAUUCACCAGGGUUUCUUCUACAGUGCAGGCAGCAAUGGAGGAAGCUCUUGUUCGUAUUUUAACUCCCAGGCGCUCAAUUGACAUAUUGAGGGAUGUCCAUGCAGCAAAAGAGCAAAAUAAGCCUUAUGUUGUCGUCUUUGUUGGUGUUAAUGGUGUUGGAAAAUCUACUAAUCUAGCGAAGGUUGCCUACUGGCUCCUGCAGCAUAAAGUUAGUGUCAUGAUGGCUGCAUGCGAUACAUUUCGAUCUGGAGCUGUUGAACAGCUGCGCACUCAUGCUCGUAGACUCCAGAUCCCAAUAUUUGAGAAAGGAUACGAGAAAGAUCCUGCAAUUGUUGCAAAAGAAGCAAUUCAAGAAGCUGCCCGCAAUGGUUCUGAUGUUGUUCUUGUAGAUACUGCUGGUCGAAUGCAGGACAAUGAGCCACUAAUGAGAGCUCUCUCAAAACUUGUAAACCUCAACAAUCCAGAUCUGGUUUUGUUCGUGGGUGAAGCAUUGGUUGGGAAUGAUGCUGUUGAUCAACUCUCGAAAUUUAAUCAGAAAUUGGCCGACCUGUCGACUUCUCCUAGUCCCAGAUUAAUUGAUGGAAUCCUGCUCACAAAAUUUGAUACUAUUGAUGAUAAGGUUGGAGCUGCACUGUCGAUGGUCUAUGUGUCCGGAGCACCGGUCAUGUUCGUGGGUUGCGGACAGUCAUACACGGACUUGAAGAAACUCAAUGUCAAAUCGAUCGUCAAGACCCUUCUUGCAUGAGAAUCUGCGCUUGUCGUCUUUCCUCUUUGUUCAGACAUGUUUGACGCGUGUGCCCUGUCCUUCGCUUUUGGUGGUAGUUUGUGUGGUCCGACAUUUUCUGGGUGGUGAUCAGUCGCUUGCGGCUAUUAAUUUGUAUUCAGUCUUGAAUUGUUCCAUUAGUCUCCUAAUUUAACAGCAUGAGUCCCCGUUCUGCAUGCUCUCUUGCUGUUGCUGAAGUAAUUGCAUGAAUUCGUGUUUUAACCC